AUGAGUGGUGAGGUUGGGCAGCAACAGCAGCCACCACUGUCUGGGAGUUGCCGAGCCCCAGGGAGAAAAAAGUCAAAGCGGAGGGGCCACCGAAAGGAGACCUACUCAGUAUAUAUCUACAAGGUGUUGAAACAGUCACAUCCUUCCCAGGUACACCCAGACAUUGGCAUCUCUUCCAGGGCCAUGGGCAUCAUGAAUUCGCUGGUGAACGAUGUGUUCGAGCGCCUGGCGGGGGAGGCAGCCCGGCUGGCCCAGUACUCGGGCCGGACCACCCUGACUUCUCGGGAGGUCCAGACAGCCGUGCGUCUGCUGCUGCCUGGGGAACUGGCCAAACAUGCUGUGUCGGAGGGCACCAAGGCUGUCACCAAGUAUACCAGCUCUAAGUGAGCUUGGACCCUACCUUGUGGACUGGUUUAGGGGGUGAAAAGGGAUUGCUUUGGGGGUUAAAAAGUUCCUUCCUCACCAAUGUAUGAUGCCAGGAGCAUUAAUAAAGAAUGGGAGGACCCCCACUGUGUGCCUGAGAUGGUUGGUGAAUGGGUGAGAAAGGGUAGUAUUUACAUUUUUAUGAUCAUCAUUAGAAAGAGUAGCAAACCUAUCAUGUAUUUGGAAAAAUCAUGGGACAUUUGUAGCCCUCUUGUGGGGUCCCAGAAAGAUCAUUGAAUUAGGUCAGGAGGAGACUACUAUUGUUGGCUCUACUGCUACCUGUGCUACUGAUCACCUUUCCCAAGCCUUGGUUCCUCAUCUAUUUUGGGAGAAGUGGACAUCUCUAAGGCUGGACAAGCCAUGAUUCUGUCUGUACCCUGUAUCCCACAGCCUGUCUGGACUUAACUCUCCCAACAGCUGGCCUGAGCCCUUAUUCUCAGGACCCUGGAGCUAAAAUCUUUCUACUCAUUUAUCUCUUCCACAAUUAUUAGGUGAAAUCCAACAUAUUCUGUACUUCUGAGCCUGUCUAUGCCAAAUUAC